AUGGGGCGCCUCGAAUUCGGGGAAUUGGGCUCGAUAUGUAGUUUUGUCCGGAGCCGAUUUGAAGAGAGAACUGAGAUGAAGAGGAGGCAAGGAAGGUCUGCGAGCGAUCCCGGCAUAGCAGCGCUGGCCCGCAAACAGACAUAUGGCAAACUGCACAAGGCGCCUACCGUACAGACGUUGCAUGAGCGACGAGAACGACCCAGGAAUAGACUGCAGAAAAGCAGACCGCAAUCACUGCUGAGCGUCAUUCCGCCCAACCCCCCUCUUUUCGUACUGGAGUACGACCCUUAUCCGUAUAAUACGCGGCCGGGCCAAUUCCUGGGCGUGUACUCGAGCAUUGACACGGUGACAGCGGGCGCAAUUCAUCACGGUGCGUACUCGUUUUCAAGAGAAGGGUUGCUGGAUGGAUGCGAAUACCUCAGUCCGACGGGCCGUAUCAAAAUUGUUUCGUACCCAGUGCAAUCCACAGGUGUGACGGCCCCUGUGCCAGGAGAAACACCACAGAAGGACGGCCAGCCCCUUCGCCUCGACAUCCCGCAUCCGCUCAACCAAGAAACACCGCGAUUCGACAGUCACCAAGAUCUCAGCAAGCCAAAAAAGAGCCAGCAAACCGUCUAUUUGGCGCUUCACGAGAGCCCCCAGAGUUCGUUCGGCAUUGGACUGUUUACUAGCAAGAGCUUAGCGUGGGGCGCGUGCUUGAAAGAUAAGGCCUGGCUGGAGUGGACCGAUAAGCUGGUUGAGCAGGAGAGCAGCAUAGGCGAGAACAACGCACCAAGAGUGACGGCGAGGUUGAUUGGAAGUGGACGACAUUGCUGGUUUGUAAAAGCCAUGGAUGUCGACGGCAAGGGAAGGUGA